GGCGGGGCCGGGGUUCGGUGGUGACCAAUUAGCGUUCGCCAGGUCAGGAGACAGCGGGGAUGAGACAAGAUGGCGGCGAGAGGCGGCAGGAACGGGCUACUGGAAAAAUGGAAAAUUGACGACAAGCCGGUAAAAAUCGACAAAUGGGACGGAUCUGCAGUCAAAAACUCCUUGGAUGACGCGGCCAAAAAGGUCCUGCUGGAGAAAUACAGAUACUAUGAAAACUUCUCCCUCAUCGAUGGCCGCCUCAUCAUCUGCACCAUCUCUUGCCUCUUCGCCAUUGUGGCCUUGGUGUGGGAUUACUUGCACCCAUUCCCAGAAUCGAAACCUGUUCUGGCCUUUUGCGUCAUAUCCUAUUUCCUGAUGAUGGGGGUCCUCACCGUUUAUACCUCAUACAAAGAGAAGAGCAUAUUCCUGGUGGCCCACAGAAAGGAUCGCACUGGUAUGGACCCCGACGACAUCUGGCACCUCUCAUCCAGUCUCAAACGGUUCGAUGACAAGUACACGCUGAAGAUCACCUUCAUCAGCGCGAGGAGCAAGCAGCAGCGGGACGCAGAGUUCACCAAGUCGAUAGCCAAAUUCUUCGACGAGAACGGCACGUUGGUCAUGGACUUGUUUGAACCCGAGGUCUCCAAACUCCAUGACAGUUUGGCUGCGGAGAAGAAAAUGAAACAAAGGAAGAAGACCCGGGGAGGGGAGGGGGGGCGGGGCCUGGCUGUCUGUCUGUCGGUCGAGUUAUGCUUUAGGCCCCAUUCACACUGA